CCGCGCAGCUUCCUACUUUCUCUCUCCAACUAUCUCCAUCUCUCCCCUCGUUGUCUCCAUUCGUCGUCUGUCAGUUCGCAAAAGCCCCCGUCGUGACAAACCACCUGCGUCGCGCGGAUAAUUCACCGGUCCGGCGCGUAACGACUCCGUGCGAAAUACCCGGACGAGAGUGGAGCGAGGAGUCACGUGGCGAUCGCGUGGACAACGCGGGACGAUCGAGGGUGACCGUCGUCGAGAGAAAGAGAGUGAAGGAUCCCCGCUUCCGGAUCCUCGUUGGAUGUAGAGGAACCGAGGAGGAAUCAUGACGAGGACGACUCGCCGAUUUCUACUCCUGCUGCUGCAGACGCUUAUUGGCGUGUGCCGUGGCAUCCAGCAGUUCGAAGAGAUGCCGCAGUAUACCGAGGUGAAUCCCGGCCAGGACGCGAAGCUGGUGUGUCGGGUCCUUGGGAAGAGAGGACAAUGCAUUUGGCAGAAGGAUCAGAAGCCGAUAGGCAUGCACCUGAAGAAAUACGAGUGGGUGGGCUCGCCGGACAUCGGCGACUGCUCGUUAUGGGUGCGAUCCGCCACGCUCGAGUUCGACGACGGGCUCUGGCAGUGCCAGGUGACCGCGAGUGAUUUCACGACGCAGGACGCGUUAGCAUCCGAACCGGCGAGGCUGGUCGUCAGAGUCAGCCCUCAGCGACCGCAGAUAGAGUACGCCGACCGUCUAAUUCUCCCCGGCAGCAACGUGACAGCCCGAGCAGGUGAGAUCGCUACGCUCACUUGCAGAGCGCGGUAUGGGAAUCCUUCGCCUCUAAUUAAAUGGUACGUGGGCGAGACCGAGCUGAGGACGUUGCGGCCGCAGGUAAACUCGACCGAGAUAGAUAAUCCGCGCACUUGGGCGACCUACAGUGUUUGCGAGAUUCUGGCCGAGCGAUCACGUUACGGCCAGCCGAUCAGAUGCGUCGCCAUCCAUCCGGCAUACGCCAAUCCCACCAUGUCCUCCAGCAUCGAAGUGAGGUUCGACGUGCGAUACGCGCCGGAGACGAGAUUAGUCGGCGUCCCGACUGGCCAGCUGGAGGAGGGCCGCGAUCAAUUGGAGAUCCGAUGUCUCGCCGACGCCAAUCCGCCAGCCUCGAUCCUCUGGAGGAAAACGAAAAGCCCCGGCGUGACGGAGGUGGCCAGUAUCGGCGAGACCCUGCUGUUCUCACCGAUUUACAGAAACCACGCGGCCGUUUACCUCUGCGAGGCGUCGAACAUCGAAGGCGAGAGCAGCCCGGUGUCGGUGCAGGUGUCCGUAAACUAUCCGCCAACGAUCAGCGCGGUUGGACCGGACCGCUUGACCACAGCGUUGCUGUAUUCCGGUGCGUCCUUCGAGUGCCACGCUGACGCCAUGCCGCCGGCCGAGUACAGAUGGGCGCAGGUAUUCACGGACGGCCGGAUGCCAUUGGAAUGCGGCACGGGGCAGCGAUUGAUCCUGACGAACGUGACGUACGAGCAACAGGGCCAAUACAUAUGUCUCGCCUCCAACAAGAUCAAUGGGAACGUCAGAGAAGUUAAAAGCGACCCUGUGUCCCUGCAAGUGGUCGGCGCGCCACGGGUGGUGAAGCCGGCCAUCACGGAGAAGUUCGUCGUGGCGACGACGGAGGGUAGCCCGGCCAGAUUAGAGAUCAGACUGUGCUCCGACCCGAAGCCGCGGCUCGUAGCUUGGGAAUGGGGCAGCACCAGACUGCACGCCGGUGAGGUUCUGGAGCCGCGCUACCGCGCGCUCGACCUGGAACCGUUGGCUUCGGAGGACUGUUACAUAGCGAUCUUGGAGCUGACGAGCACGGUGAAAGAGGAUCAAAGGCUGUAUCACGUCAUCGUGGAGAACGACCGUGGCAGUGAUAGGCGUGCGCUCAUGCUGAGAGUCGAUGAGCCUGGUCAGAUCCCGCUCGUUAUCGGCGCCGUAGCCGGAUUCACGGUGCUCUCGGUACUGAUAAUGGGAUUCGUUUGUUUCCUACGUUCGGAUAGGUGCUGCGUGGCCAGAAACACGGUGCCGGCGCUGCAGCAAGUGCAUUGUACAAAGGCUUCCAACGCGAUGAUAGAGGAUCCACGCUUGGCGGUGGAUACGAUGGAGCGUACGAGUCAGCAGUUCGUCCCGGAGAAGCGAGCCAAUCACGUUCUGAAGCCCGUCCCGUCGCAGCAAUACCAGCAGGAGUGCUAUCAGCAUGACCCGCAACACCAGCAACAACAUUAUCAGAGGCAUCAUCAUCAUGGGCAGCCUCACGGACAAUACACGUUGCAGGGGGAGCAGCUGUUUCUCAAACCCGAUCGCUUAGCGACGUUGAAGCCGCAUUUCAAGAGCGAGAAGCCGCCGCAAUACACGACAUUCAAGCCGAACUCGAACAACUGAGGGGACUUUACUGCGUUUAUUUUAUAUCGAUAUACACGCAGAUGUGAGAAUGAGAGAGAGAGAGAGAGAGAGAGAGAACAAGUGAGAGGUAUGGAGUGCGAAAGUGAGAUAGCGUAAGAGCGAAUGAGAGAAGAAUGAAAAAGCGAAGUGGCACGAAAUCAAAUACGAAAGCUGUAGAUCUACUUCUAUCAUCGUCGAUUAUUACGUGUAUGGAAUAUAAUUUAGGAGAAGAGCGUGUACACACAUACACACGUACAAACGCACACGAUAUAUGCAUGUAAUAAUUACGAACGACUCGAAACGAGCGAAUCCGUCGUGACGACGAGAUUUCUCGCGAAAUAUACUGCCGAACAGAUUCUUCUAAAAUAAGACGCACCGAUCAACGCGAUCCCCAGAACCAAUCAAAACGAGAACUACGCGAGGCGUUCGUUUGUAACGCUCACAGGCGAAUUUUAAUAAAGCAAUGAUUUUCACCAA